AUGUCCAAGAUGUCAGGGGACAUGUACGAUGAGACAGACUGCAUCUGCUCUUAUGGGAUGAAACUCACCUGGGACAUCAAUGACCCCAAGCUCCCACAGGACAUAAAGCUGUUUGACGCCUUCCAGGAGUGGACAGAUGGCUAUGUCAGGUUCAUAUACAGUGGAGAGGAUAAACAUUCUCAGCGCCACCUGAGUGGCUGGGCCAUGAGGAACACCAAUAACCACAACUGUCAGAUCCUGAAGAAGUCCUGCCUGGGUGUAGUGGUCUGCAGCAGGAGCUGUACCCUGCCGGAUGGGGGGAAGCUGCAGCUCAGGCCGGCAAUCUGCGACAAGGCAAGAGGGAAGCAACAAAAAAAGCUCUGCAGUAAUUGUAACUCCGCUCUAGAACUGAUCCCUUGUCGAGGUCACAGUGGUUAUCCAGUUACCAAUUUCUGGCGCCUAGAUGGUAAAGCCAUCUUCUUUCAGGCAAAGGGAGUUCAUGACCAUCCAAGACCAGAAAGUAAAUCAGAGACAGAAGCCAGACGAAGUGCCGUGAAAAGACAAAUGUCUUCUUCUCACCUGUCACAGAAAAAGAAGCUUCUGGAAUCUGAGGUGGGAAGAUACAAUGAUAGCGGUGGACAUUUUCCUCAUCCCAUACCUUGCUUGGAUGGAACAGAACGUCUCAGCCUUGUUGCAGAUGGAAACUUUCCUCUUCCACCACAACAUUUCACAUCAUUUCAGAAUUCAGAUCCUUACAAAUCUAACCUUGAUCCUGUGGGAUACCAGGGAGAUUCUGUAGCACCAUUUUCAAAAUGCUCUAAUAGAAUAUAUGUGCCCAGAACUCCAUGUGGUUAUGAUUUCCAUGUCCCUGGAUACAUGUCCUCCAAUUCAUACCCUCCACUGUAUAAAGAAGCAGUGGGCAGUUUGCCUGAUGCUGAUCGAGCUCAGUUAAAUGCACCUCAACCUAAUCUUGGCAUACUUGGCACACACGAGAGGAGUUAUGAUGGUGCUGGGAAGCACAAUGGAUGGAAACAAAUAUUUUCAAAAAGUGGAUAUGCGGACAGAAAUGACUAUGCCCAAAUUCAACCAAACACUGGUCACUCUUAUUACAAUGCUGAAUAUCCAUGCAGAUAUGCAAGGUCACCAUCUCCAGCCUUACAAACUGUUAUUACAACAACCACCAAGGUUUCAUACCAGGCCUACAAACCUCCAGUGGUUAAAUAUGCUGACAAUCUAUGCGAUAUCAAAGCUCUGCAAAACUAUCCGCACGUGCAGGACAGCAUAUCUGAAGGCAACUUUAGUGACAUAAAAGCUCAAGAUGAUUUUACAGUCAUCAGAUCAGCACUAGGCUACCAAGAACCAAUCCCAACAAAACCUGAGAGAGUGGACAACCUGGACUUUUAUCGAUAUGGUACAUGUAUGGGCAAUGGCUUCUCAGGACAGCCUUACCGAUAUGAAAACGCAGAUUACUGA